AGUCAGUACUAGUACUCUCAUCCUAGCUCUGGGCGUCGUCAAGGUCCUAUUGGCUAUUGACGUAUGUAGUGGAAUCAUGUAGAUGCUUCAUUCCCAAGUCCUCAUCACUCACCAAGACUGGACCAAUUGACUGAAUAGUUUCUGUGCUGAACAUCUCUCUCCAGCUAUAUCGCACAGGAGGUGGUGGAGAUCAGUCUUGCUGAAGAGAAUACACCAGCACAGCAUGUUUGCUUCAAAGUUACGUGGCAAUCUCAAGAGUGUCGGUUACUUUGUUCAGCGUGGCUAUGGUGUGAGCACAGUAGCCUCGUCAAAACUCAAUGUUACUGGCAAGUUGAUAUCCACUCAGGCAUCACCACACUCCAUUCCAGGUGUGAGGUAUCAGUCAAUUCGGCCUGGCAGUCAUGCCACCACUGUACGAGAUGCCUAUAACGCAAUUGAGUCAAUCUUCGAUAGAAUUAACAAGACACGCACAUUUCAAGCUAUUGAUUUGAUAUCUCAAUGUGCUCUGAUUCAACGGCAUGUAACUGAAAUACGGAGUCCAAACAAGGUUAGGAGUAUCCUGUGGGCUUGUGCUCUGAUCACGGAGGAGAACACUGACGUGACCAAGCUGGCAGUAUCUGCACUUAAUCAACUAGCCAGUCUACCCACUGAUGUCUGGCGAGACUACAAGAAUCAAGAGCACCUGAGAUGGGUACUGCACUGGGCAGCAAAGUGUCGCUGUACAAGUCCAGAUUUCAGGAAGUUAAUUCAGCAGCAGUUUGAUGUCCUGUGCCUUGAUCAAUGCAGAGAUAUUGACCAUUGUGGCCAUGCACUGUUCAUGUUGAAUUCACCCGACCGUUGCCUGGCGCAAAACUUGCUGAAUCGCUUUUUGACCAUACACAGUACAGGUGAUCCAAAGUAUCGUCAUACUCAAGUACUCUCACUACUUCUCUACUGUACACUGUGUGGUGUAGAGUGCAGUGCCUUGCUGAAGCUGAUCAGUGUUGAUCAACUGAUACAGAAAUGCGAUGGCACACACUUGCAAGUGCUACUUUUGCACAACACUCUCCCUGUUACUGCUAAUCAACGACAACAGAUAAUGGACAAGUGUUCAGUGAGGUUCCAGGAUAAUGUGAAAAGUCAGCAAUCAGGUCGAAUGUAUGACAUGCUGUCAUACUUCAUUGGUCCAAAGUAUACCACUGGCUUAUCUUCGGUUGAUGGUGUGGAAAUUCAGGCAUUGUGCAUAUACAACCAAGACCAUGAACCAGUGGAGACUGACGCGUAUCCAGCUAAUGUGUACAAUGGUGUAUCAAUAGAUAUGACUGCAGCUACAUGUCAUGGCUACAGUGUUGUGGCCUGCCUGGGUGUGAACGAUACUCUACUACUACGUCAUCCAGGUCAUGUUCCCAAUGGUUAUGUUGUUCUGCAAGCAUCGGCACUGAAGUGGCAAGGAUGCUACUGUAUUCCGAUGAUCCUUGAACACGGGGCAGCAAAGACCCAGAAAAGUAGCCGAUUUGUUCCUGAUCUUAUGAUCAAUUAUCCCGAUCACAUUCCAGUAUUCAAACAUCUACUAGCACCCAAGCAGUGAUGGUCACUGGCAGUCACAUCUUACAGCUUGCUUUGACACCGUCCUUUGUUUUGGAAGACGCUCCGAGUUUGCUGGGUGGAUGUCAUAUCAUUACCAAGCACACCAACGCGCAGGACCGGUUGAUCUUGAACUUGAGUGGGUGAAGCAAGUAUUCAAGUAUUCAGUUUUGAUAUUCACACUACUGUACAGUCACUCUCUACCCUGACUUGAGGUGUACUUGCAGUGCCAAACAAUUUUUACACAUGCAUGUAAUUCUUGAGGCAAUACACUUUUUGCAUUUUAUCUUGGCCCGAAGUUGCUUCCGUCGAUGACUUUCACGGUCGUUCAUUCUUGUCGCGGCAUUGUAUAUGCUGUGACUUGUGGCUGAAGCUACAAGUGUUAUUUGCACCAUAUGAAGCUUUGCCUCAGUGCCCUGCACAGCAGAGCAACGACCUUGUUUUCUCUCUUCUCAUAAUUAUGUACAGUGCUCUUGACUGCUGAAAGUUCAUAAUUUUUAAAACUUCUGUAUUCAUCUCCUGCUCCCUAUCCGCAUCUGUGGUGAUCUCGAAUGCGUGUGGUAUCUCCUGGCUCUUUUUGAAACAUGGUUAACGUCAGUAACGUUAUUGUACCAAUUUUCGUUUGAUGAUCGAUUAAGUUCGUGAAAAGUCGGAGUUACGAAACCGCAACUGCUCGUUCUUCUGUCUGUGUAACGUUAUAUUGUAUGCUGACAAUACAGUCGUCC